CAGAUAGUGCGCAGCUCGUUCCAAGAGCGUUGCAGUACAUCAUACUCAGCCCAUGCGCCACAAAUCAGGCAUUUCGCGACGUACGCACUUGACAGUAUCUUCGUAUCGACAGGUACGUCUCCGCGGCCACGACCGGUGGGCUUCGUUCCACCGCAGACGUAACAAAAGGAAUACACUCGACUCGACAAUGUUCCUGCUGCUCGAGCGCGAACAGACAUUGUGUCUCACCGGCAUCGGCUGGCCAGCAUACUCGGUGACCGAAAACGAGGACCGGGGAAUUCAGCGCACUGAGCGUCUCCUGACCAGCCCGCCAAUGCUUUACCUGUGCCACCUGACAGAUCAGCGUUCUUACUCUUUCUUUCUAUUGAACGGAAGGCGGCCAUCAACACGCACACAGCAGGGUGACAAAUCUCGCAGUCUCUCGCCGCCAACCCAGGACAUCCACGAUGUCUGCUGCAUGAGCCAGAUGGGCCGGAACGCGAUGACGAGGAGCGUCAUCGUCCAGAAGAUCGCCAUCCAUGACUGCCCACAGGACAGAACACUAUAAUAUCUAGACACCAAUCGUGC